AUGGACUCUCAACCUCCUCUCCCUCCUCUCCCUCCUCUCCCCUCUCCCUCUCCCUCCCCUCCCUUCUGCCCGAUCUGCUCCAAGGAAAAAACCUCGGAGCAGAUUGGGGUGCGGUUCAAGGACGAGGCGCACUUGCUGACCCAUGCCUUGUCGGCGGGUCACGCAACCAGUGUGGCCAAACUCGAGCUUAAGAGGGACUCAGACCCAGAGGCCAAUGAGUUCUGGAACCUCUACCUCGAGUGGCAGCGGACCACCGGCAUCCGUCGCCUCCUCCGAGACCGCACCGAAAAGAACGAAGCCAAGAAGCGGAAGGCCGAGGAUGGCGAUGCUGAAUCCUCUCACCAAGCCUCCACUAAAAGGCAGAAGACGGAAGCAUCAACGUCUUCAUCAUCUACCGACAUCCAAAAGUCUUCGGCAUCACGUCGUAAGACAUCCAACCGUGCCACAGGGAAGGCUACCAAGGGCAACGGGACCCAAUCCAAUGCCCAUGUUAGACGGCGCUCGGCCGAGGGGAAAACAUUCGAUCAACAACCUGUCGGAUACAUGGGGUAUCUCCAUCCAUGGAUUGUGACUCCCGUCGAAAAGGAUCGACACAACCGCGAUACCGACCAAGAUGAACUGGAGAAACCGUUCGUGUCCGCAUCGGAAGAAGAAUGCCAUAUGCGCAACCAGACAAAGCCCUCAGAGCAUUAUGCCAAGCUGGGAAAGCGUGCCAAGAUGGUACUUGCACUGGAACGAGUCUUCAAAAUCAAAGCUACUCCCCAAGAGGUGUUUGGGAACAUCGCUUCUUCUUUCCCCCGAGGAUUCCUUGCGGCCACCGACUUCGUGAGAAUGCGUGUCAUUGAUGGAAAGACCGAUGAAGAAACCACCAAAGAGCUGGACCAAGAUCUUUGGUUCUUUGACGAAAAUCUCGAUGACCCUAUGCCGGAUGUCAACGAAGAACCCGCCAACCCUAUGCCAGUUGUCAAAGAAGAACCCACCGAAGUCGACAUUGGUGUGGGCGGCAUUGCCGAGGAAGGUAACGCCACGAAAGGUGUCGGCGAGAGAAACGUCCCUGUGAAAGGCCGAAGCUGCAAGAUCGAAAAGCGUACAGCCAGAAAGAACGAGCCUUCUCGACACCGACGACAACGAUCCCAGGGAUCUCCCCUUCGUGCGGACCGCCCUGUGGUACAACCACCUGCGGAGAAGGGCAAGGACGAGACUGGCAAUGCGAUGAUGUAUAAACCCUUCAAGAACAAAUUCGAUGUCUUCAAGGAUCAGAUGUUUGGGCAAACCCCGACACAAUAUUCUCACACGCAGAUCCAAAGCACCCCCAUCGACGGACCUGUCCCUACCUCUUACACUUCUCCUGGUGUGGACCAAUUCUCUGAAAAGCUCCUCCGCAGCCUUCAAACACCUCAAGGCCAAGACCCGGACACACACUCUACUUGUUCUGGACAAAGCUACCCAGACCCCGGCGACAUUGGCUCUGGCUUUCCCCUCGAUUGCGGUGAACCAACUCCUCAAGACCAAUACCCAAACUCUCGCCCUACUGAUUUUGGACAAGGCCACCCGUGCCCCGGCGACAUGGGUUCUGGAUUUUCCCUCGACUGCGGUAAACCAACAGCUCAAGGUCAAUACCCGGGUCCUCUCUCUACCGAUUUUGAACAAAGCCACCAAUAUCUCGACGCCAUGGGCUCUACCCAUCUCCUCGACACUUCAUUCUUCGACUACGCUCCCAGCGGCGAUGUCGCCAGCUGCAAUUCGGGCCAACACAGUGACCAAAAGCCAAGCGACCAAAGUUCUGGCGUCAUUGGCAAUCUCAUCGACUUCUCACACAACUCCGUGGAUGACCAAAUCAAAGGCACGACCUCUCUCGCAAACAUUGAUCCUUCUCUCCACGUUGCUUGCCAAACCCCUCUCAAUCCUGGUGGUACCGGCGUCAUUGGCAAUCUCAUCGACUUCUCACAACACCCCGUGGAUGACCAAAUCAAAGACACUACCUCUCUCACAAACAUUGAUCCUUCUUUCCACAUUGCUUGCCAAAAACCUCUCAAUCCUGGCGGUACCGGCGGCAUUGACUCUGGCAGUGUCUUUGAUGGACGUAAUGUCCAAUCACAAAGCUCUUACACUCCCAGUGGCCCUGUCAGUCAGUCAAAUCCUGCUGGACCAACCCCUAGUUUCACAAGCAAUCGUCUCGCUGCUUACGGAUCAAUCCCCCAACCCUCAAGCACAUAUUCCAUUGGCCAUGGACUAAGUCUCCAGUGGCCAACCAGCUUCGUUCAGUCGAGCGGCACUUAUGAACAGCAGAGCUCCCCACUCGAACAGAAAAGCACCUUCAAUCAAGACGACUUGGAUUUUUCUCCUCUUCAGCCGACCAUCCAGCCCGACAGCAGUGACUACGACACUACGGCCAACCUAUCUGAAAUCCUGGGCCCUGUCUUCGACGACCCGCUUCACGAACCUCCCGAAUCCCCCGCCGCGUCGACAGAUAAUUCGCAGCCACAUUCCGAGGAUUUCCACCAGACGUCCCUUGCUGCCUGCGACAAAACCUUUACAUACGAAACGGUCGAGUCAGAUCCCGUGGUGCGAUACCUUUUGACAAAGGAAGGUGAUGAAUACUAUAAGAGCUUGACGCCAGAGAAACAGCAACCUCUCGACAAGCUCCUUCGCAGCUGGGCUGCACAAGCUCUCCGAGAUGCUUACAGGCCCGGAUAUCAAAACCUUCAUCCUGCUCCCAGGCCCAAAAUCUUGAAUCUAUUGCUUGAUUUUUUUCGACCGAGGCGGGCAGUCGAUACCGCAAGCGGUCGACGCCAGAUGACCAGCAGCUCCACAACGCGUUUGCUUAUGAAUGGGCUAUGGGUGCCGUGCGCAAUCUUGAUGUAA